GGGCUCGGGAAGCCGGUGGCCCGCGUCCUGCGCCGGAGCAGGGCAUGGUCUAGGAGCCCGGACAAGGACGUGGAACCAGCCCCCGGAGGUUCUGACCCCUGUUCCAUCUCUGCCUCCACUCUGUCUCGGGUGUAGCCGGCGGCCAUGGGCAAGCAGAACAGCAAGCUGCGGCCCGAGGUGCUGCAGGACCUGCGUGAGAACACGGAGUUCACGGAUCACGAGCUGCAGGAGUGGUACAAGGGCUUCCUCAAGGACUGCCCCACCGGCCACCUGACCGUGGACGAGUUCAAGAAGAUCUACGCCAACUUCUUCCCCUACGGCGACGCCUCCAAGUUCGCGGAGCACGUCUUCCGCACCUUCGACACCAACGGCGACGGCACCAUCGACUUCCGGGAGUUCAUCAUCGCGCUCAGCGUCACCUCCCGCGGCAAACUGGAGCAGAAGCUCAAGUGGGCCUUCAGCAUGUACGACCUGGACGGCAACGGCUACAUCAGCCGCAGCGAGAUGCUGGAGAUCGUGCAGGCUAUUUACAAAAUGGUGUCCUCCGUGAUGAAGAUGCCCGAGGAUGAGUCCACUCCGGAGAAACGGACAGACAAGAUCUUCAGGCAGAUGGACACCAACAAUGACGGCAAACUGUCCCUGGAGGAAUUUAUCAAAGGUGCCAAGAGUGACCCCUCCAUCGUCCGGUUGUUACAGUGUGACCCCAGCAGCGCAAGUCAGUUCUAAGGGACCCGGCGUCUGGACAGUGACAGAGAAACAGGAUCGUCUCGCCGUUUAAGCUUUGCUUGCAAAAGUGGAUGCAAAAAAAAAUCCUGCUCUCCCCGGCCAGGCCAGGUGACACGUGACACCUCCCCGGCCCUGCGGCUAGCUGCACCUCCCUCCUCCGCCUGGCCUCUUCCCGUCCCUUCCCCUGUCCAUCCAGGGCGACUCCCGGGGAUGUUUACACACAGGGCUCAGCGUUCCCCCUUCCAGGGUGCCCCCCGCCCGCGGGGAGCCCAGAGGACGCUGCCAAGGACACUGGUGGGACUUUCUAAGAUGGCGCCAAGGCCAGCUAAUUUAUUUCGUGACUGCAGGUGGCUCUGCGGGUCAGGCGGGGACAGGAACGGAGGGAGAGUAGGUGACGGCCAGCCCUCCCCUGUGCAUGGCACUGCCUCGCUCGUUCCUUUUCUCUGACUAAAGCUGCUCGCACGUCUACGGACUGCGGCCUCCUUUCUUUUAAUAUAUAAAUUAUACGUAUGGUGAAGUGAAAUGUCACGUGUAGGUCCCGUAUUUAAUGCCUCGAUCGCCUCUGAAGCGUGGUCCCCCCGUGGCCUGUGACCUCCCCCCACCCCCGAGCCUGGUUAUUUUGUGGUAUUUGUGCACUCAGUCUGCCUGUUUCAAAAGGAAGUGCAUGCGAGCCCUCCGUGCCCAUAGGGACGCAGUGACGCAGGCGUCUGUGUAAGGUUCGUCCUGCUGUUGACUGGUCUGGCAUUUCCCUUAUUAAAACGAUCAAAUAAACA